GUAACUUGUUUUACUGAAGUGAAAUGCAAAUGGCUGCCAAAGUCAUUGAGUUUUAUUGUUUCGUUUACGUGUUUGCUAUGUUCUACAGUUUAUCAGAGGUAAAUUGAACUAAUUUGUGCAAAAGUGUCUACUUUAUAAUGUUAUUUCCCAUUACAUAGUGUUACAAUAUGAUAUUAGAACUCCAUAAUUCAUUGUUAGUUUCUUGGUGUUCAGUGCAACGGGAUCGUAUCCGAGCUCAACUCUUGUCUCGGUUACAAAUGGUUGCUGUAGGACUUUCGUCGCAAUCAAAACGGAAACAUUAGAAUUUAUUGCAGACCUUGGCUUGCUGGAAAGCCGGGUCAUUGUCUGUCAAAAUGAGAGAAGUGAAUGAAGUGAUCAUUUGAUUAAUUUUUUAUCGAGAGUGACGAAACGUUUUUAACGGACCUAUUGUGUUUGAUUCUUAUUUUUAGUGUUUCAUAGACAAUAUGGGAGAGUGUUCUAUUGACAUUGACUCUUUCAAUGAGGAUUCUGCCAAGAUCCUAAUAGUUUUAAAAACUCAAAUAUCUCGCAAGAUUUGAUUGGGCAUCGCUUUGAUAGCUAUGCUGUAUCACAAUGCGGUGUAGAUUGAAAAGCAUACAUUCCAUCUCGUCAGAGAAGAUGCUGGUUUUACAAACGGUUGUGAUAAUGGUUUUGACAACUGCCUCGAGGAUAGUGGCAGACGUGGAGGACAGUCUCAGUUCGUCGACUGUGCUAGAUAGGAGAUUGGGAAUGCUAGGCAGUGAAACUAGUGAUAUUUUCAAUAAGACUCUUGCCUCCAAGCAUGGUACAUCUGCAAAGAACUUGGACUUGCUUGGCACUAGAAACGCAAGGACUCCGGCCACAGUUCCGGUUCCUCGGACUACUGGUAGUCCAGUGCAAGCACAGACUAGUCCCAGUUUACGCGAAAUUCCCUCCUAUGCUCCGCCGAGCAAAUCGUUUUUCACACCUCCACUACCGCCAGAGUUCCACAAUCCAUUCGCGAACAAGCCAACGCUACGCGGAAGCAACUCAGAUGGCAGCAUAAUAGGUCACAGGAGGCCAAUUCCGCCUCCGCCGCCCCCGCGGCUGCCGCCCGAAGCCGAGCUAAUUCCGAUCCGUCCACCUGAUGUGGCUCAUCAGGACACGCGCAAAAAGACUCUCAACACGCCAAGCUUUAAGAAAGUCGUCGAAGUUCCGUUCUCAGAAACGUCCAGCUCAACCACCACCAACUCGAGGUCUGUCAACGAAACGUUCGAUUUUGUUCCUCCGAUCCUGCCCUACACCAGCAUAUCGAGGAUACUGUCUGGAGGUAGUGGUCGCAAACAUGACUCCCUGCAAGACACCAUCGAUAGGGCGCGCUUCGACCCAGAAUCGAAAGUGUCUAGAACAAUCAAACAGGAAGUUGUGAAAAGUCUGAUACCGCCCACCACUAAACCACCUCCCGAGACUGUCGUCGAGAAGAAACUUCCUCAACCUGCCGACAACUCAGUGGAAGAGGAGCCGGCCGCUCCGGGAGGGCCCUCGUUCGACGUCGCCGCUCAGCCAACUACCACCCAGGAGAACAUCGAAGAGCUCACUAUAAGGAAACACCAGGAAAUGGUGGAAACUCGCAUCGAUUCGGAGCCAUCUCAGCGAGAAGCAGGCCUACCUGAAAUAUCACAGCUACCCGAGUCACCGGAGCCACGAACGCGACAAGUACUUGGAGUGGCAUGGGAUGUUCACGUCUACUUGAUGGCUACUCUAUUCGCCAUUCUCGCAAUAUGUUCUAUGCUGAACAUCAUCCGUAUUAGUUCUUUUAAACGCUUACUAACUCGUGGAUACUUUCUCACUCUUCACGGAUUCCUGCUGGUUAUUGGCUCAGUUCGUAGCAUAUACUUGUUUUACGACGCCUACAACAUAAACUGCACACUGCCCGAGCCGGUGUCAGCAAUGUUGCUGGACAUAGUGUUUCCACUGCUGACGUCGUGCUUUGCCAUCCUGUUCCUGUUCUUGCUGUUGGCCGGUGAAGUGAAGCUGGUCGACCACCGACUGCAGCGGGUCUCAGUCCUCUCAAUACUCAUCGUCCUCCACCUGUCAUUCACUAUCAGUGUUGACUUGUUCUCGGCCGAGACUAAGUACGCCACACUGUUGCCACUGAUGUGCCAAUGCCUGUUUGUGAUUCUGUGCGUCAUACUAGGACUGUCCUACCUGUAUCUGUAUAAGUCGUUGUCACAUUCCUCGUUGAGGAAACAGGGUAAUAUAUUUGGGUCGGUGUUCUCUGACUGCCACCGGUCGACACUGGCACACGCGGUCAGAGUCACGCUGGCUACCAGUUUGCUGAGUUUGUUGAUGGCGGGGGUGCAGCUGUACGGAAUGUUUUGGGUUUACGAGGUGCUGGGCAAGGAACCGCCGCAUCCGUGGUUGUGGUGGGGGUACCAGUUUUCAGUGCGGUUUAUUGAAAUCUCGAUGUGCUUUCUGAUGUCAUGGGCGGGUGUGCAGCCGCUGCGGUGUGACGACGAGAAGCAGACGCAGACUCACUGUCUGGCGGGCGGAUUCGGGCGCGGGGCGAACACGAGACACGACAGUGGCACCGUGGAUGACAUCUACCCGGCGAUAUGCAGCUCGAACCAGGCGAUACACAACUACUCGCUGCGGACGGGCAAGCAGGUGUACGAGGACGCAUUCCCGGUCGCCUUGCAUGGAGCCAGCCACCUGUUCAUGCACAACACGACGGACAGGCGCUCGUUGAGGAAGCAGCACCCGACUGAAGACGAGCUGCUGUGUGGCGGCACCCUGGUCGCGCCGCGGCGCCUGCAGCCGUCUCCGUCCAUGCUCGUCGCCGAGAACGGCUUUGUGCGAUUCCGGUCGCUGGCCGACGCCGAGCGUCCCGGCGCCGCCGCUGCCGAUGAGUCCUAUGUGCCUGCUUCCCUCAGCCAUCCGCGCGAGGAUUUCACGUGAGAUUUCAAAGCGGUAAGUGCAACAAUCGUCUGGUUAUGAUAAUCAUUACUUCCUCCUAGUUUUAUUCAAUCAUACUAAGAAAACAAUCCACAAGACAAAAUUAUCGAUAAAACCGUUCAAUUUUAUAUUUUAUGAUAAAGUGUGAUAUUUUGAGAUUGAACCCAAUGAUAUUAUUUACAAUAACUUAUUUAUUUUUACUGCAAUGAAACACUGUUCCCAAGACAAAGUCAAAAUCGGAGUAGUUCUAAAAACUCAAAACAUUUAUUUCAUCAUAAUCAUCAUGUUCAUGUUACUUUUAAACGUUAUUUUAUUAUUUCAUUUCUGAGACGAACUUGGUCCUAUAAAUGUCCAAUACUCGCUAAAACAUUUUUUUCUUAAUAUUUCUCAAUCGUCUUAAUGUUAGUUCAAUGAGUUAUUUGUCACUUUAUAAUCUUUACCUGGAGUGAUAGCUACUGUAGUUUUAUAUUAUAUCUAAUUUCAAAUGGUUGACAUUACAACAAAACUAUUGAUUAAUUGAGCGAGUAGAUUCAAAUAAAUAGAAGUAGGGUUUUGCAUUCUAAAAUGAUGAUUAUUUUUAGUUGAAUAAAAUAUAAACGGCUAUCUAUGUCAUACUUUAUAUAUAUUUUCUUGUAUUGUCUCAGAAAAACUCACUUAUAAUAUGUUGAAACACAAUCUUGUCUUAUUGAUAAGAAGAAAAUGGGUUGGCCUACUGGUUUUCUUUCAUUUAGAGAGCUGUUAUGUAGUCAUUCUGUUGUGGCGGCACAGCUCAAUUAUUCCAUUAUUACUUAUUGGAUUAAUCUUCUGGGAAAAUGUUGAAUAAAUAAUUCCGGCCUAGAAAUGAUUGAAUGAAUAACUUAAUUGAAUGAGAAAUUAUUGAUUGUUUAGACCAGACAUUGUUUUUAAUACGAUUGUGUAAAUUUAUUGAUAAAAUUGUCCGGUCGGUGAUAAUCCGGGUUAUAGAUGUUCCUUAACUGAGUUUAUUUGUAACCACUGUAGGCAGUGCAUUACAUUCCCACUGUUAUGAAAUGCCUAUAUAUGCAAUAGAUACAAAAAAUAAAUUUAGAAUAAAAUGAUUGCAUCAAUCUUCCUAAAGACUUCACGUUAAAUUUGUACAUUUUAUACGAUUCCCUAAAAUUAUCAUAUUCCUAUUGGAUUAUUCUAUAUAUAGAUUGUAACACUUCUGUGUAAUGCAAAGGAUCUACGAGUAUUUUAAGAAUAAUUAAUCCUCUAUCAAAACUUAUUACUGUAUUUACCUCUAAGUAAAAAACCCAUCUCUUCCUUACAAUAAUAUUUUAUCUUUCUCUUACUUCAUUAUGUUGAAGUAUGAUAGUAGGCAUGUAUUUUUUAUCGAGCAUGAUUGCUUUGUUAGAAAAUAAUAAUGUCCAAUCGUUUUUUACCAUUUUCUAAGUAUAUUUUAGCGUGAAGUCUCUCUAGUAAUAUCCUCUUAUCACCUUCCUAAUAAACCCAAUCAGAAAUACCAUUUCUAUGUAUAGCUUAUGAUGAUAAUCAUUGUAAAAAUUCUGCGCUUAGUUGAAAUCAAUAUAUAUAUUUUGUAAAUAUAUACCGUGACUAAAAUCGAGUUUAAUAAAUUAUUAAUUUAAUGUUAUUUCAACCUUAAAGUCUGAUAAAGCAAGUUUCAGUAUUGAAUUAUUAUUAAAGAUGGUGAAGUAUGUAUAGGUAUUUAAUACGUCCGAUAUAAUGCAGUAUAUGAAUGCGAAUUAUCAACACUGCAAAACUGACAUUAUCAAGAUUGAUACCUUAUGUGCUAUGAUGAUCCAUAUGUACAUUAUUUUUAAUUCAGUUUUAGAAUUAUUUUAUUUCUAGACAAACUCAUUUAAUUUCUAUUAUACUCAAAACCGUUUAUAUGAGCUAAAUCUUAGAUAUUAAACUCUUGAAAAGAAAUGUCUAUUUUAAUGUUCAUAUUUUAAUUGAUGUACAUUAAGGAUGAAUUAUUUCAUCAAUCUUUUACUCUAAUAUCUUGAUAGAUGUUAAUUUGCUUAAAUUGAUUUUUUUUCAACUUUUAUGUUUCUGAUAAUUCUGUUUUACGGUGUGCGACUCCUAAUUUUAAAAUUGAAAUUCAGAUCUUUAUCUUAUUGAGUGGAGUACUUCCUUUAUAAUCUAGGCGUUAUUGAGCACUAUUUGUUCAAUGGAAUGAUUUAUGCCAAGUUCUUGAGAAAGUUUUUAUUUGUAACUCAAUCAUACCGUUACUAUUAAUAAUGUAACGGAAUUUUUAUCAUUGAUAUUAAUAUUAGUGUUGUUUUCGGAAUUUAUAUUGUUCAUUCUAGAGUUAUCAAGUUAUAAACUUUAGCAUAUUGGCCCAUUGAUUGAAGUACACUGAACAUGGUUAUGUGUAUGUGGUCAAAUGGAACAACCUUUGGAUCUCCACGGAAAGAACCCAUUCGAAGAUAUUAUACAUAAAUACUGAUUCACUUUCAAUUCGUAAAUCAAACUUUCAAUAAAGCACCUUGAAUCAUUAAAAAUUAGAUAGUUCUGUAGUUGAGGUUCUGUACUCUUGAUAUUUCUUCAUUUGGCUGUGUAGUUUUCUCAAUUCGACUGAUUUAGUGUAGGCCUAUUUAUAUAGGUAUCGUUACGACGUAGCGUAAUAAUUAUCUCCUCCCAUUUUCAUGUGCAGAUGUUGGUUAUUUGUGUGCCAGUUUCUACUUAUUUUUUAGUAAUUCUUUUACUCUUGAUAUUUUUUCACGACUUUCAACUGUUCCUCACUUUCAUCGAAAUAAAUUGAAUAUGAAUUAUUGCUAUGUAUUACAGUUUUGGGCUUCCAUAACAGCUUGUCUAUUAUAAAUAUGAAUGACGAUGAGCAAUAGGAUAUGUGAUAUUCAAUGAAUUGAAAAUUACAAAAUUCUCAAAAAAUUAUUGAUUAAAAUUUUACUUCCAACUUAUUAACGUAAUUGGAUAUUUAGAAGUUGUUCUGAAAAAUCAUGAAUGAAUGCUAUAAUUUUCGAUUCUCAUGCGUAUGAGAUUAAUAUUGUUGGUUUAUUUAGUAGGCUAUCUAGCUGUUAGCAAAGAAACAGGGUAUGCAUAUGCAUGUUAAUAAUUUGACCUAUUGAUAGUUCCUUUAGAAUAGACUCUGAUGUCCUUCACUCAAUUUUUGCCAUAGUUUAUUUAAUUUAUUAAAAAAUCUGGUUGUGAAUAUUUUUCAAUUCGGAUAGCUCUUGAAAUGUAUUAAUCUCUAUUAUUGCUGCCAUAACUUCUUGAAUAUUUCGGUUAUUAUUUUACUGAGAUCUGUUGCUAGACUUUAGAACUAUAGAUUAUUAAGUGUGGAUUUGAGGAUUUUUAUUUACAUGCUCUCCAUUGACAGCUUUAAUUAGUAUUAGACUAUUAUAAACUGCCAUUUUUAAAUUUAUAUUGUUUGACCUUUCCCAUUGUUUGUUUUUAUUCUUGAAUUUCUAGUAGGCUUUGUUUUUACGUGUUUGUCUUUUGAUAAUGAUUGAAUUCUUCAUUUAUUCCUUGUUUUCAUUUAUUAGCUAGUAAAAUGAGUCGCACAUCGAAAAAAUGGAACUAUGAAAACAUGUUUCCUAUUUAUUAAUUUACUUGUGUACUUAAUUCUUAACAAUUUCUAAAGCUGUUUGAAAAGGUGAAUUACGUGUUAUAAUAAUAUUAACAGAAUGCGACACAUAAUAUUACAGAAUGCGACACAAAAAGUGUGAGAUCUGAAAUUGAAUGUACAAAAUUUUAAAUAUUUUACUACUAUAAAAAGUAUAUAAAACAAUCUCACUGUAAUUAUAGUUCAGAGUAAAGUUGUUCCUUGCUAGACAUGCCUUUAGAAAAAAAUAUUAUCCUAUAAUAAUUAUUGCCUUUGAAGUUUAAACCACUCCACAUUGUCUCUUCUCUAAUCCUUUUUUAAUCAUCCUUUGUUUCACUGGGGAAUUUUUCACAUACAAUUGAUUUUGCUAUCUCUGCUUGGCAUCUGUUACUGACCUCCAGAAAUAUGUAAUGAACUGUAAUUGUCACGUUCGUUAUCAGUCUUUGCUAUUUUAUUUUAUUUGAAUUACUAUUACAUCUGUAUACAAUAAUACCAUUAUUUUACUGUCUUUGUCAGCAGUAAUCCAGAGUGUAUUAGUUUUAUCUCGUAGAAAAUCCCCAUUCAGUCCCGUACAGAGAUGUCCUCUUUGUUUCUUGAUAAACAAUAAGAGGAAUAAGAAUGUUCAAUCAUUGCAUAGCCAAUUUAAACAAUUUAUCAUAGGGUUCAUGAAUCUUUAAGUCAACCUAGUAGUUUCUACUUUAAAAUUCUCGUGAAUUUGUUAAUUCUUUGUUUCUGGUUUGGAUUUUUUGUAAAUCUAUUCUUCUUAACAUUUAUUUCAAUACAUUUUAUCACUCUACUUUCAAAUCAGCUAUAAUUAUUUUCGUAAAUUUUCUUUCUGAGACAUUUAUUCCAAUAUUCAAGUGAUCACAAUCACUUAGAGAGACCUAUCCUGACCUAAUAAGGUCACUUGGUAAACAUUAGGCCGAGCCUAUGGUCAAGUUAGUGUGUCACAGCAGGUUAACAACGGCUGACAACAAUAAGUAGCUGAGCACAAUACGGUUUCAGAAUGAUUGACAUUUGGCUAUUAUUGUCGCUCGGCAGCACAGCGAGCGCUGGCCCUGGCCCUUGUCUUGUCAUCUGCAUCUAUUCUGAUGUGAUGAAACGUAAUAAAGUAACAAUAGAUUCCAAGCAGUAGGUAUUCUGCACUGCACGACAAUAGGCCUCCCUCCAUUUCAAUUCAUUACCCACCUAAUUACAAUCUUCUCAGUGCCCUAUAAGGUGGAUUCACUUCGUACUGUCAGAAUUAGUUGAAUGGCAAGCAUUCGUGUUAUUUUACAAGUAAUGCUGACCGUUUACAGUGAAUCUCACUGUACAGAUGACAGUGAUAAAUUCCCUCCAGUGACUGACUCUCCUUCCUUUGCUAAUUGUAAUUGAUUUGCUUUGAGAAACUAAUUUAAUUAACGGUUGUCUUUCCGUUUCAAGGAUUUAUAAUUGAAUUUGUACUCGGUGUUACUUCAUGUGAUAUUAGUCAUUACAUACGGAAAAUCUUGAUUUGCGCUUCAUGACAUUCGAAUCGCAUGAAAACAUGAGACAGUACGGGAUGUGAAUCCAUUGUAAAAUUCACUCAUCUUUCAGACAAGGCUGUCUUGAAGCAUUUUACUCUGAAAUUCUGAUUAAACCUCAAUUCAAACUUGAUUGAAAAAUUCUUCACUAUGAAUUCUAACAUACGGAUUUAUAUCCGUAUCGAUAUUAUCAAUGGAAUAUGUACAUUUUUUAAUUGUUCGAAAUUCAUCUGAAUUUUAUCAAACCAUAAUCUACUAAAUAAUUCAAUAAUUUCACCACAGGUGAAACUGUAAUUGACUAAUAAAUUUUUGUAAGGUAAUAUUUAAAAUAGAACAUUUUUCUCAUCGGUCUUGAGUUUCAGUCUAGAUUUAUUCUAUUCAUUAUAGAAUAUUUUAUUCAUUACAGAUAUGCAAUCUGACAAAAUCCCUAUUUCAGCCGUCCAAUUGGUAGCCUAUUAAUAAAAGAUAAUAUUUAUCAAUGGCAAUAAAAUAUUGAUUCAAUUGAAAUACAUUCGCUCAAAUGAACAAAAAUAAUUUAUAUUCGUUAAAGCUUGAAGUAAGUCAUUUUUGAACUGAAACAAACUCGAGCUCACUGAAUAUUUCAAACAUCGAAUGCUGUCCUAAAAGUAAAUCUCGUAUCUAAUAAUGUUUUCCCACUUCUAAAGUUUUGAAGUAAGAUACUAAAAGCUUGUUACAUUACUUCAUUGAAUUGAAUUAAUGUUAUCUAUAAUUCAUCAAUCUCUAAAUGAAGUAUAACAUUUUCAGAACAAAACUUAAAAAAAUGUCAAAGCAAAAUAACAUUAACGAAUGUUCCAAAUUGAAGAUCUAUUUCCCCCUUUCCAUUUUUUUGUAAAGAACUAACCUAGUAGAAUAACAUAGCUAUGAAAUCGGGGUUCAUAAAAAAUUGUUCUGCUUAUAAUAAAAAAUGAAAGUCAAUUCAUAUUGAUCGUCUCUGACAAAGAACUGUACAAUACUAAUAGCCACUUUACGAGUUACACUAGUAGUUGUGUGUAUGAUCCAUAUUAGGAAUCCACUCAUACUGAAUACUCGACCGACCAGUUUGUUAGGCACUUAGGCUUGGUGCCAUCGCAACUUUCUCUUUGAAUUUUACGAUUAGCAAACAAUUUCCUCAUCUUCUUUGCAAUAUCAAAACGUAUCUUCUCUUUUUUAUCCAACUUUAGAAUUACAUAAUUUUUCUAAUCAAAACACCUUAAUUUUAACCUAAUGAAAUAACCUACAUUUUAACUCAAUCUUGAAACAGCCUAAUAAUACUAUGCCAUCCUUAUUCCACCACCUCCCACCAUUAAACAUGAAUAAGGCCUACGUAUCAUAAGGUUCAAUUUUGGUAAUCGAUUUCGGUAAUGACGAGUACUGCAAAGGAAUUGAUGUGAUUGUGUAAAUAGUGAAUAAUGGAUAUUAAAUCCUUUGUUAGUCUUGUUGAUUGAUAUUGAUCAACAUAAUAAUUAUGUAGCAGACUAAGUAAAAUGCUUACACACUUCCAUAAUAAUAAUUAUUGUUGAAGUAGACUAUGUAAAUACUGUACUGUAUUCGAACUACUCUUGUAGUUCAGAAUUGUAAUAUAAUAAUAAUAAUACACAAACAUUUUGUUUAUAACUAAGCAGGAACGUAGUAUGAUAUGGUCGACAGUCGUCAUUCUACAAAGUGUAAGCUGUAUAAGUGUAUAACUUAGCAUUUUUUUUUAAUGUUAAAAUAUCAAUUCCCUCCAUUUUAAAAAUUGAUUGUCAUGCUUUACUUGUAUUUUGUUAUUUUAAUCUGCUGAUGACUGUUCCUCAUUUGUUGGUAUGUAUUUUUAUUCAUUUUUCAUCCUACCAAGGUUUUUUAUGUUCUCUUUGAGUAAUGAAGCUUAUUCAUAGGUUUUGUUUAUUUUAGGAAAUACUGUGAUUAGCCUACUUAAGUUUGUCUUGCUCAAAUAAAACACAAAAAUUUUGAUCAAAAUUGUUCUCUAUUUUACAUUUUUCUUGAUUAUCAAUUAUUUCAUCCUGAUAACUAUAUCAAUGCCAUCAAUGUGACUAUUUGGAACUCAAAAUCAUUGUAUUGACGUGAAGAUCAUUAAUUUUUUAUCAGUGGUCAAAAGUUACUUCUAUAUUCUUUCUUCCUAAUUCAGUUUCCUAUUUUAUUUACUUAUAUUUCUAUGAUGCAUUUAUUGUAAAUUUUUGUAAAUUAUGUAUAUUACUGUACAAAUUUUAAUAUAUUGCAGCCUUGUAUGUACUUAAUGAUUAGAAACGAUAGAUUAUAAUAUAAUAAUUUUGUUAUUAUUUGUAUAAAUUGCAUUUACUAUACAAUAUUUUUUCUGGUAUUCAAAACUGGAGUGCGAUGAAAGAUGAUUUAUAUUAUAAUGAUUACAAUAGGAAAAUCUUCUGUGAAUAUAUAACAUAACAAUGUUGUCGAUAUUUUUAUACCUAUAAAUACUCGCAGGCUUGUAUGAAUAAUGAAUUAAGUAAUAGCCAAACCUAAGAUACUAUGAACGUGUCAAUAAAAAGAUGAACUAUAUAUAAAUAAAUUUAAAUAUAUAUUGAAA